GGAAUUUUUUUAUGAUGGGCUGAAAUUAGUUGCCAAGCAUGGUCAUUUCCUCUUUAGAAACAAAGGGUGUUUGUUAGCGUGCCCGCCUGGUACUCACCUCUUUGUCCCAAACUACAGUGUCAAAAAUGGUGUAUGAGCUGUAGCUCCUGUCAAUUUGGACAAAAAUUGCGAUGGUGCACUUUAGUCCACAAAUCACAGGGCUUUAUCUGCUGAUUUUUAAAUGAAAGAGGGUUGUCGCACAUAGUCCAAACCAUAAGGGGUUAAACUGUAGUUUGUCCAAAAAAUUACCCUCUCCAUGGAGCUGGUAACUAAACGCGGAUAGAGUAAAAAAGUGGUGUAAUAUUACGCCACCGAGGUAAUACUAGCCCCCAAAUAUUACUCUUAGUACAAUUUAUUGACCCUUCAAGCAACUUAAGGGUCGAGCUUUUCUUGAUUCCAAAGAGGACAGAGCACAUGAAAUUGCUGAAAUUCAUGUGGUUCCCACCAAUCUGUGGAAUCCUAUGGGUGCCAACAUUCAUUCAAAAGCAACAAGAAGAAAGGUUAACAGUGGGUCAUGAUACGAUGUCCCUCCACUUUACAAGCAUAUACCAUUGGAUCAUCAUAUCUCUUUUGUCUAUAUAUACAAGGAUGGGAUCAGGGGGGUCUAGUGGCGGCGGCCGCUACGACAAGAAUUUUAGAAAACGCAAUUAUUAUAUGUGAAAAAAAAAAUUUAUCCCCAACUUAUAUAGUGUUGCCACUGCUAGAUUUUUUUCCUUAUUUUUUAUUAUAUACUAGUCAUAAAUCUUCUAUUUUUUUUCAAGAAAGGAGAUCCAAAAAAGUAUUCUAAAACUAAAUUCAAUGGGCCAAUAACUAUUAAUAUUAUAAUGCAUCUUUUUAUUUUUUUAGCAUACAUUUCGCCACUGUUAGGGUAAAAUCCUGGUUCCGUCCUUGUAUAUAUAGCUUUGAAUUCUCACCAGUGUCUUACUGAUUUUAGUCAUAGUGUUUUCGAUUCUUUCACUAUGGCCAUCGGUAAAAUACUGCUUAUGUUUCUGGGUGAGACCUUGUUUGGAUUCAGCAGUACCAUGGUGAACAGUGAAUUCUCAAUCAGAGAAGCUAGUGUGCACGAUAUCCGGAUUGCUUUCGAGCAAGACAAACUCACUUCCAGGAAACUUGUUGAAUUCUACCUGAGAGAAAUUGAAAGACUCAACCCAGUUCUUCGAGCAGUCAUUGAGGUGAAUCCAGAUGCUCUCGACCUUGCAGACAAGGCUGACCAAGAGCGUAAGGCCAAGGCACCUGUGUCAAAGUCUUGGUUGCACGGUAUCCCUGUUCUGCUCAAGGAUAACAUUGCAACCAAGGAUAAGCUAAACACCACAGCUGGGUCAUUUGCGCUGCUUGGUUCAGUUGUGCCCCGGGAUGCAGGGGUGGUGGCGAAGCUGAGGAAAGCAGGCUCAAUCAUAUUGGGAAAGGCGAGCUUGAGUGAGUGGGCAAAUUUCAGGUCGUCUGAUGCUUCUAAUGGCUGGAGUGCUAGAGGCGGCCAAGCUGUGUGUCCAUAUGUGAAAUCAGCAGACCCAUCGGGAUCAAGCACAGGAUCGGCAAUAUCGGUAGCAGCAAAUAUGGCUGCAGUAUCACUAGGCACAGAGACAGAUGGGUCCAUCAUAUCUCCGUCCAGUUACAACUCUGUGGUUGGGUUCAAACCCACAGUAGGCCUUACGAGCCGAGGAGGGGUCGUCCCAAUCUCCCCUAGGCAGGACACCGUUGGGCCAAUCUGCAGAACAGUAUCAGAUGCUGUUUAUGUCCUUGAUGCCAUUGUGGGGUAUGAUCGCUAUGAUGCUGUGGCAACAAGAAAAGCUUCGACUUACAUUCCUCAUGGUGGAUAUGUGCAAUUCCUCAAGGCUGAUGGGCUUAAGGGAAAGAGAUUAGGGAUAACAAUAGAUCCCUACUUUGGUUUCCCUAAAACGUCGGAAAUCGCUCAACUGUUUGAGCAGUCUUUUCACAUGUUAAGGCAAGGAGGUGCAAUUUUGGUAGACCGUCUGGAAAUUCCAAACCUUGAAGCUAUUUUUCCCAUGCUUGGAGGCGAACAAAUAGCUUUGCAGGCUGAGUUCAAGUUGUCACUAAAUGCUUAUCUCAAAGACUUGGUCACUUCUCCGGUGAGAUCAUUGGCCGAUGUAAUAGCCUUUAACGAUAAAUUCUCAGAUUUGGAAAAACUUCACGAGUAUGAUCAAGAUACCUUUUUGGAAGCUGAGAAAACAAAUGGGAUAGGCAAAUUAGAGAAGGAAGCCUUGCGAAAUUUAACAAGAGCAUCCAAAGACGGGUUUGAGAAGUUGAUGAGGAAAAAUAAGUUGGAUGCAUGGGUAACACCCCGGGCAGUUGGAUCUUCGGUGCUUGCAGUUGGAGGAUAUCCGGCGAUUAAUGUUCCAGCAGGCUACGACGGCAAUGGGGUACCAUGCGGCAUUUCUUUCGGAGGAUUGAGGGGUUCAGAGCCUAAACUCAUUGAGAUUGCGUUUAGCUUCGAGCAGGCUACUAAGUUUAGGAAGCCACCUUCGUUUAAACCUUAAUCUCAUUUAAUGAAUGUAUUUUUAACCUGCAUGUCAGAAGUGAAUGCAGCACAAUACUAAAGUGCUCUGCCUGCAAGUUUUGUUUUUUGUUUGUUUUUACUGUAAGCUAAUUAUCGACUAAAUCAAAUAAUGGGAUCUGCAGUUUUUCAUAAUAAA